GCAAUAUCAGUGGGAGGCACAGGUGGUAUCGGAGCCGCGACAUGCCGCGAGUUGGUCACCAGUUUCAAGGAACCGACGCUCUACAUCGUCGGCCGGAACGAGUCAGCGGCAUCUCGCCUCACAAAGGAACUUGAAGCAAUCAACUCCUCGGCUGAGGUUCGCUUUAUAAAGAGCGAUCUCUCCUUGAUACGGAACGUGGAUAACGUUUGUCACUCCGUGGCUCAAAAGGAGUCGGCGAUCGACCUCCUUUUCUUGACCGCGGGUAUCUUGAACCCCAAAGGCCGCAACGAUACGGAAGAAGGCCUGGAUAAAAUGUACAGCCUCAUGUACUUUUCUCGCAUCCGAGCAGUCGCCAACCUCCUCCCCCUUCUCAAAAACGCCGCCGCCAACGGCCGCCCAUCCCGCGUCAUCUCAGUCCUCGGGGCAGGGAACGAAGGCAAAAUUUUCAAAGACGACCUGCCCAUGAGAGACAACUACAGCCUGAAAGCCUGCUCCCGACAGGCGACAGCCAUGCAUACGCUGUCCCUCGAGUAUCUCGCCCGCGGGAACCCCGAUGUUUCGUUUCUGCACAUCUACCCUGGCCCUGUCCGGGGGACCAAUAUCAUGGAAGGGUUUGGGCAGCCUUUGAAGGGGGUCAUUGGGGUUCUGAUGCUGCUUGCUGCGCCGUUCAACAUGUCUGUGCAGGAGUGUGCGGCGAGACAGCUGUUCUUGAUUACCGCUGAGGCUUUUAAGGCAAAGGGAGAUGGAUCCAGAUCGUCCUUGGCUGUGUUUAGGGUUGGCGCUGAUAGUGACAUUCUUCCCGAGAGUCCGCUUGUGGUUGGGUAUCUUGAAGAUGGGAUGAUGGAACGGGUGUGGGCGUUUACGGAGCACACGUUCAUGAGUGUCCUAGGUAGCGGCAAGGAAUCUUGA